AUGGGAUUAUUGACUUUGGUAAAAAAUAAAGCACUGCUUUUUUUGGGGUUACUUUUUGUUGGAAUCAUUUUUAAGUACGUGGUUACAGAGGACUUGGAAAUAAUCACCAAAUUUGAGAAACGUUUAGAGAGGUUGAACCAAAACUUAAUAAAGGAUGUGAAUGACUUCCGCAAGAAGGAAAAUGCUACUCUUCUUACAAUGGCAAGAAAUUCUGAGUUGUAUGAACUAGUAAACACGGUUCUCAUAUAUGAAAGAAAAUUCAACGGAAUAUAUCGAUACCCAUGGGUGUUCCUUAACGAUGAACCCUUUUCUGAUAAAUUUAAAAAUACAAUUGCUCGAUUAACAAGCGGCCCUACUUAUUUUGGAGAAAUCCCAAAGGAGCAGUGGGAUAUGCCGGACUCUAUAGACGUUGACCGAGCUGAGGCAUCAUGGGGGAACAUGGCAAUGAGAGGCAUUAUUUAUGGAGGGAAGAAAUCUUAUCGACAAAUGUGCAGAUACUAUUCUGGUUUUUUUUGGAAACAUCCAUUACUCGAUUCAUAUAAAUACUACUGGAGAAUCGAGCACGAUUCUAAUUUGUUAUGCGACAUAAAAAAGGAUCCAUUUACUGAACUUCGUGAAAAAAAUAAAACCUAUGGGUUUGUCAUUACCAUUAAAGAAAUUGCAGCUACCAUCCCCUCUUUAUGGAACACAACAAUGGACUUUGUUGCAACGUAUCCCGAGUUGCUGGCACCUAACAAUUUAUGGGAUUGGAUUUCUAUAAAUGAAGGAAAAGAUUAUAGUUUGUGUCAUUUUUGGUCUAAUUUUGAGGUUGCAGAUUUGGACUUCUUUCGGAGCGAUGCAUACCAAAAAUAUUUUGAUUACUUGGAUAAUGCUGGUGGAUUUUUUUACGAAAGAUGGGGUGAUGCCCCAAUUCAUUCAAUAGCUUUAAGUCUCUUCCUGGAUAAAAACCAAAUCUUGUUUUUUAGGGACAUAGGCUAUGAGCAUUCGCCUAUCACUUACUGCCCUACUAAUAAUAAACAUUGCAGCUGUGAUGUUCCUUACGGAGAUCUUAAAGACAACAAUUCCUGCAUUUAUAAAUAUUUGCAAGUCGCAGAAGGCAUUUGA